AUGCUUUUUUCAACAAUAAAAGAUACUUAUGCCGAGUCGGAUUUGUUAGUUAUUCCGGUUAAUAUACGAUUUGGUUUCUUUCUGAGUUCGGACAUUCUUUCGGUUUUAUGCUCUUUAUUUGUUCAAUAUCAUCUUUUAACUGAUCGAAUACUUCGUCAAGCUUUGAAUAAUCAUGCAAUUAUUGUUCUUCUUUGUUUUGUUUUAACUUAUGAAUUAACAACAGUUCCCUUGAUGCUUUAUUAUUAUCAUGUUGGUGACGAGUGGAUAAUCUCUGCUGGCUUUUCUCAUUUCUGGACAUUUAUUGACUAUUUAAGUUUUACUGUACAAUUAACAGGCUUUGCUUGGACUUCAAUUGAACGACAUAUUCUUAUAUUCCAUAAUCAAUGGGUACAUACAAAAAUAAAACGAUUUCUAAUUCAUUAUUUGCCUUUAUUAGCACUUAUAAUCUAUUGUUUUGUUUACCACUUUGCAUUUAUUCUCUUUCCAUCUUGUGAAACAUCAAUUAUAAUGUCUCCAUUCAACGGUGUACCUAUUCCUUGCAUAUUAUUUGAACCAUUUUUUAUUAAAUACGAUGCAAUUCUUCAUCAAAUAAUACCAACGUUUGUUAUUGGUAUAUCAACUGUGGCUUUAUUUCUUCGAGUACAUCAUCAAAAGGCUCGUUUUAAUCGAUCAAUUCAAUGGCGAAAAGAACGAAAAAUAAUUAUUCAGUCUUUAUCGAUUUCGCUUCUUUAUCUUUCAUUCAUGAGUCCAAGAAUGGCGUCACAAUGUUGUGUUCUAUUAGGUUUUACCACAAAGGGUGUAAUGACACUUUACUUUAAUGGGGCAUUCUUGGCAAUUUAUACUGUUUUUCUUUUUCCGUUUGUUUGCUGUGUAUGGAUUCCGGAAAUUGGAAAGAAAAUGAAUGGUUUGUUUUUAUGUGAACGAAAACGACGAAGAGUCAUUGUUCCUGCGCUAUCAAUACAAUUCCCUAAAAAACAACGAAAUAAAUUAUAA